GCUCUCGGCCGUGCGUCAGACGUCGCACAAAUCCCCUGACAAAAGGGAUCGACCUAUUCUUUUUUCUUAUCUUCGGGGAACUUUUGUUAUUGUAGCGGCUCACGAUGAUCCGAGUCGUGGUGCAACAGCCCUCUCGACGAGUGUUUACAUCGCUUUCGGUUUUAAAUCGGUUCCGAUGAAAUUAGUUCGAGAUGAUUAGUCGAAUCUUACGCCUGACAACGUACAGUACGUAACAAAAUUAAAUGAAUCGGACAGAAAUGGAAGGAAAAAGAAAACGUGCGACUACGCACGUCCAAACACGGUCGAUAACACACAGAACGGAACAUCGAUCGGUAAAACAUUUUCGAUCGGCGAAACGGCCUGAAUACUCUAUUUCCAACAAAUAAAACGCUAACGAGACUUUCGUUAAUUCGAAAUCAAUUUAGCGAAUGAUAAAAUUAUUGGUACACGUGGAACACGCAUGAGAUAGACAAGAUGGUACAAUAAAAAAAAAGUUCUUUUUAUGGUUUUUAGUUUAGACAAAUUUUAGAUUAUUACGGACGCCUUCCACUCGUUUCGCCCCUUAAACGAAAUCUGAUCCAAAGAAGACAUCAAGAGCGUUGGCAUACAUCCGUUUUACUUGUGGAUCGUCGAUUUUCUUAGGUACCUACCGAAAGACCGGAACGACGUCGGUAUGCGUGCAGAUGGUGGUCGUAAGAGGGAUGGUCUAAAAUAAUAAAGAAGCUGGCACGAAGAUGAGGAGUGUUUGUAUUUUCACAUACGACGGCCGAUUCUUAAACGACAAGAUACAACUGGGAAAACGUAUACUCGGAAGACAAUACCCGUACGAACCGAAAUCAUCGAUAGUUUCUUAGUGGCAGCUGUUUUGCUUCGCCAAAAAUUUCCAAGAACAACGGUUUCAUUUCGAAAAUCCGAUUUACCUUCUCUUCGUUAUACUAACUCGAGAAAUAGUAACAAAAUCACUGCUUUCGGACGGUAUACGGUUUUUCAGAAAUUUCCUAAAAGCAGUGAAAAUUUUCAUUAUAUAUAUUAAUACGCAUAUCAUUAAAUGCAUAUUAAAUGUGUAAAAAGAAAACUUGUUAUCACCCGCCAUCGGCGAUACCGAUAACCAUAAUCUGCAUAAUGUAUAUGCACUCGACAUGCAAUUCACGAAUGCAUAUCGAUUCCUCUAUUCUCAUUAUGUAAAAUGUUUGUUUAGUAAAAGUAAACUAGUUGAUACCUGGAAUUCGUGUGAUCCGGUUGAUUACGAUAUGAAGUAUAACUACAAACCGUCGUUGAGAGAUGUGCGCCACAGUUUGAGGUAUCGCUCGAAGGAAUAUUUUUUGGAGAAUACCCUGCACGGUGUCCCGUUUUUCGUGGAUCCUACGCGACCCAAAUGGGAAAGAUAUAGUGCCACUGAUACCUCUUACGUACAAGUACAAUUGGUUUAUGUACAGAGUAACGUGGUUCCUUUUGACGAUUGCAUCGCUGGCAGCAACUUUGGUUGUCAUCGCUAUAAUUUGGAACAAAUUUCAAACAGAACCAACUAUAACCGGAUUGGAUAUAAGGACGGAACAUAUUAAUAUCGAUUUCCCUCCAAUUUUUAUUUGCUUCGAAUGGGCUCAACUGAAUCACUCUCGUUUACGCGAGAAUGAAAUGUACAUAUAUGAACAACUAUACAAUUGGAUUUGGGGAAAAAACAUCGAUUUAAGAGGGUUCGACACAGCUUAUCAAAAUACACACAAUUUCCAUAGUACGUUUGAGAUGAUGGCACCUAACUGCGAUGAUGUUAUCAGGAACUGUUCAUACAAAGGAAUAAAAGGAUCAUGCGAUACAUUGUUUAUGAAAGUUCUUACUUCUGUGGGUGCCUGUUGUAAAUUCAAAGCGGUGGAACCUCUUACAAUCGUGGAUACCGCGUGGAGUCUUCAGUUCGAGACUUUAAUCUAUCCUUGGAGGCUUUACGUGUCUCAAAACAUCGAUGCGACCCCGAAACCAGGUGAAAGACCGUUAGUAAAUCCUUACUUUCCUAUAGACAUUGAAUUUAUUGUCGACAUAACGCACGCUACUUCUGAUAUUCGCUACUUAACCCUCAGACAACGUGAAUGUUAUUACAAACGUGACGGUGUAAAUCUAAACGACUGCGAAUUCAAUUGUUUUAUCGAGAAACUACUCGAUCGUUGUAAUUGUCUGCCAUGGUUUUUAUCGUUCACCGAUCAGACAGAAUGCCCGCUUUCAAAGUACGCCUGCCUAAAUGAUUCUAGGAUCGAAAUGAUCCAAUGUGAUUGCUGGCUCUCUUGCAACCAUACGUCGUACAGUGUUAAAGGGAUCGUAAAAGAGCAACGUAACGUUAACCGAAUUAUCUUAAAAAACUGGCCGACAGCUGUUUAUAAGAGAGAAAUGCGAUUUGGUUAUAUGGAUUUAGUUGUAUCAUUUGGUGGAAUUGCAAGUCUCUUUUUGGGGUAUUCUUUGUUGACAUCUGUAGAAAUGGGGUAUUAUUUUAGUCUCAGAACUUAUUGCGGAGCGGUGAUUCAGUCGUCUCGUAAAGUACAUAAUAUCGUAACUGUACACGUAGUGGGCAAACUUUCGCAUAAAGUGGACGCAGAUGUUCAACCGAAAUAUUAUCAAUAUCUUAAUUAAUUAGCUUAAGAGAAAUAUUAAAAAAUCAGUACUAAUGAAAAUGUUACAACGUUCUAUCAGAGCGUACAUUCUUGUAUACUAUACCUAUCUGUAUUGUAUACAAACAAAUAGACCAAUAAAAAUAAUAGAU